GGUUGUUUGAUAAGGGAGGAUUUAAGUGAUCAGACUUCAGUAUCAGAUCAGACUUUAAAUCCACUCCGAAAUGAACAGAGUGGAUUCAUCACUCACGCUCUCAUCCCCUCCCCUUUUUCUCCUCUUUUAUGAAUGAAUAAAUGCUGAGUGGUCGUCAUUUGUUUCCGCCAAUCAGGAGCUCGCACCUGCAGCCGUGCGCAGCAACACGACAGAGGUCAGUGCACUCUGGCGCGUGGAGGAGAGAGUCCACGGGAGUCCACGGGAGGAGGAUCAGCGGGAGCAGGAGCAGCUUCACUCCCACCAUCAGGCCUCCUUCAUGAUCAGCACCUGAACUGAACUCAGUCAUUCCUCCAAAAAAUGUCGCCGGAAAACAGCAACAGCGCCGUGGCUGCGGAGACACGCGUGGACCUGGCCUCGCUCUUCUGCAUGGUCGGACGCCACGGUCCCGCCGUGGGUCUGUCUCUAAUCGCGGCUGUGUUUCUGCUGCUGGUGGGUCUCAUCGUCUACCGGACCGUGAGGUGGACGCGGAGGAAGGCCACGACCACGUCCGCGGACACGACCACGACCACAGCAGGCGACGGGGACAGCGGCAGCCCACGACACGAGCCGAACACCGAGGAACCACACAUCAGCAACAGCAGCAGCAACAGCAACAGCUCCGUGGAGUCAACAGAUGGGGUUCAGUCAGGUGUGAAGGAGGAAGGCGAUCCAAAAGUCAGGCAUCGCCGUGCAGCUGAAGCUUCUUCAGCUCCUUCAGCUCCUGCUGCUGCUGAGAAGAAACACCGUCCUCUUUAUUAUUCUUCUUCUUCUCCUGCGAGCGACGUCCAAAUGACAGGAGACAAACACGCGGCUUCAGAUCUCACAGACGCAACUACAGUCGAGCAGGACUCUCAUGAAGAAGCAAAGGCGUUUGAAGCAGAAGAUCAGAAAAAAGACGAGAAAGCCAAACAAGAGAAGGAGUAUUUUCAGUGCGUGUCAAGCAGCCAAGUGAACUUCGACCCCCCAGCGCCUUGUGUGAAUGAUAAUGUUGUUAAUGACGGACUACGACAAGAUAACAAAACUGCCCCAGAGAUAAAUGGCACAGAGUCUAAUUCUGAAGACCAGUCGGAUAAUCUAGAUCACAGUGAACACUCCUGCAAUCACUUCUCUCCAGAGGAAGAACGGUGUGAAGACCAACAAGGACGGCAAGAGGAGACCUGUCCUUCCAAAUCUGGACUUAACCUGUCGCCUUCACAGCAGGACAAGGCGACACCAUCCGUUUUGGACUCUGAUGUGACCGGAAAAGAUUUAGGUGACGACCAAGUUCCUACAGCUGCCGAAUUUGACACCCGUCCACCACAGUCUCGUCAGACGGAACAAGAAGAUGAACAUGGUCUUGUGGAUCAAGAUGAAGGUGUGAUCUCAACCGAGGCUGAUCAGGUUAAAGAGAAAAUACCAACUAGAGGUGACUGUGAUAGUCCAAGUGUGGAACUCAAACCUUCUCAUUUGAAUGAGCUUGUAAAUGUUGAUAAUCUUGAGGAAGCUGAAAUCCCAGGCCGAGAAGGUUACCCUGAAGUGUCAGUGGAUCUUCAACCUCCACAGAGUGGACUUAAAGUUGAAGAGUUGGCCACAUCUUUGGAGAAAGAAACAGAUUUGACUAUUCCUGACUCUUACCUGCCAUCUACCAAGAAAGAUUUAAAGUACGAAAAGAACGAAGCUGCUGCAGAAGAAAGCGCUGACCUUCACAUGCUACCAUCUUACAAAGACCAAACAACCGGCCAAACGGUAAAUGAGGAAACUUACAAUAAAACCAGUGUCAGUGCAGCUUCUGAUAUAGUUCCAGGUGAUACUGCUGCUCCUGAUUCUUCAGAAACAGUCAAUGCUCCUCUAACAGGAGAGGAAACAUCUUGUUCUCACCUCCCAUCUGUUUGCCAAGAGCCAAAACGUGACCACACGGAAAUUAUUGAAACUUUUACUGAGACUCAAAUUCCUGUGACUAACGCAGGAGUUUAUAUUGCAAAAUCUGUGAUGUCUGAACAAAUAUCUGACCCCGACAUGUGGACUUUGUCCCAAAACCAAGAAAGUGACCAAAUACAAAACAAUGAAGAUCCUUCUGUUGUGGCUCAUGACCUCAUUCAUCCCUUGAGUCAGAUUACAUUGCAGCCUUUUGAGCAAAGUGAGCUGAACGUACCAUCUCCUGGUGUCGGAGAAGAGAGCGGGAUCUCAAGCAUGACUGUUAGUCCUGACGUGCAAGACUCUGGUAAUGAGUUUGGCAAGAUCGUUGACGAUAUGGUGGAUGCUGAUCCAGAGUCUGAGGAAAUGACCAGCCACUUUGCCGAUGAUAUAGUCUUAUCUGUAUUUAGCACAGAAACCACGGGCGUCACGCUUCGUCACACAGAUUGGACUCAAUAUGAUCCGUUUGCGGUCAACGCCAACGAGGACAUGUUUGGCCAUGAGAUUGAGGACAGCUACCACUCGGCAAUGGAACAGUUUAUGAUGCAGAUUGCAGGAAAUGGUUUGAGCUCGGCCGAUGAGCCCAAAAAACUGUCAGACAUGAAAGGCACCUUUGAGGUCAUGGAGAUUAAGGAGAAGACAGAAGUCGUCAGAAUUACAAAGAAAGCUGAAAACGGUGCAGAAAAUGAGACGGAAGAGUUAUAUGAAAAGACUGAAAUCAGUAUCAUGGAAGCGACGAUGGACAAUAACGAAUGGAUCAUGGACAGUAACUACCAAUUUCCGCCCUGGAUGAGCCCUUACAUCGCACCUUCUGCCCAAGACCACACGAAAACCAGACAGCUUCCCACUGAAGAUGCCACACAUGGUGUUUGUAGAGAUACAGAAAAUUACAAAAAAGGUCAGCCGAUGUCCCAGAACAUUAAUGUGACCUUCCGCAUCCACUAUGUCACGGACUCGCCGUACCAGAUGGUGGCCGUCACAGGAAACCAGCAGGAGCUCGGGAACUGGAAGAAAUACUUCCUGAUGGAGAGAGCCAAGGACGGACUCUGGACCGCGGUGGUCAGUCUGCCCACAGAGAGCCGUGUGGAGUGGAAGUUUGUGGUAGUGGACAGGGGCGGAGUGUGUCGCUGGGAGGAGUGCAACAACCGUCUCCUGGAUACAGGCGGCGGAUACGACCUGACGGUGCACAAACUGUGGGGGAUUUUGUAGGAGGAAGACCGGGAUGAAAGAGCGGCAGAGGUGAGAGGCUGAAAAGCUGGGUUUCCAUCAUAGUUCGGUUCGGUUUUGGUACAGUACGGUACGGUCUGGGACGGUGAGAGCUCUGGGUCAGGGUUGUGUUUUGACUGAGAACUUGGUAGAUGGGGAGUGGGCUGUGCCCAAUGGCUGCGUAGUGCAACGUUGUACUGGUGUAACGACAAUGGACGACGACAUCGAACGCAAGUGGUAGUGUUUUUUAAAUUCUAUGGGAUAUUUACACCAAAUGCAAGGUAGUGACAAGUCUUCCAAUCAGCUGACUUGUUGGUGGAGCUAGUCUCACCGCACCAUUUUCUCUGGUACCCCAAAAUAUGGAAUGUUAGGGCCUGAUUAUUUUGGUGCUAUUCCUAAUGGAAAUGCAAAAAACAUACCGUUCUAUACCAAACCAAACUGUUCCACUCGAUGGAAACAAGGUUAAAGUAACGUGACUAGUCCGCUUUGGUCCUGGACAUUUCAGAACGAUUUGUAAAUCUAUUCACAAGAACCCAAUGAUGAUACAGUAGAUUAAAACUGUGUCUAAAACUCAUUAUAAUUAUGGUGAAAAGGUGAUAUUCUGGAUUUUUGUUGUUGAGUUAUCGAGUUGUUGAGUUAUCGAACUACGAGACCUGACUAGGGGACGAGAAGCGCGUGGACGCAGUCGUCUCACAUUGCUAGCGCAAAUUAUUUCCUGUGUGCAGAGCGGGAGUGUCACCGGGCGACACAAGACCUAAACACAGUCAUUUGACAGUAGUAACACAUUAGAUUUGUUUGUAUUUAAAAGUUACGCACUUGAGCUUUAAUUUGAUUGUUUUUUAGUUUUUCAAGACAAUUUUAAUGGAAUGUGGAAAUGUGACUUUACUCAGAGUUGGUAGUUGCACAUAAAAGCCAUUAAAUCAAAUGUUCAAAAGUAAAUACACAAGGUUUUAAUAUGAUUACUUCCAUAAAUAAUUACCCUUAUGGACCCUAAGAGGAUUUCCCUCUAACAGCCAGUGAUUAAUAAGAAUUUUUAGUGAACUGAAUACACAGAAUCUUUAACGUACUUUUAUUUAAUUUUUUUCCUGUGGCAAUAUUUUUGAAACUGCUCCUCUUUAAAAGUGACUUAAUGAAAGUGUAAAUUUUUUUUGUAAAUGUAUAUAUAAAAAAAACUAUAUACAUACUACUGUCCAUAUGCUGCUUAAAUACCCUCUUAACAAUCUUUAAUAAUAAAAUGCACAUAGUUCACUUUUACACAGCAAUAAUGGAAGCAAUAAUUGUUGAGUAUAUGCUGUUCGGCUGGUGUGAUUUCAGGUAUCCUCAUGUGUUUUAACCACUAAACUGUGACAUCGUCGUGACGCUGACGCUGCUUCUAUCUUGUGUGCAUGCAAGAUUGUAUCCACUGAUGUUCUAUGAAUGUGCCUUUUCAACAUGAUUGUGUUCUGUCUCACACUCUUAAACGCUGUCAGUAUUUUUCCUCCUGUCGACUCUGUAUCUCAGAUUAUCUUAAUAUGCAAUUAUUCUGAA